CCUUUUAUUUUUUCGCUUUGCAAUCACGAUUUUCAAGCUGUUUAGAAAAAUGAGGAUGCUCAGCAGCACAGGGCAAGCUUUUCCUUCCAACCUCCCUUUUUAUGCCUGCCAAAUCCUUCUCGCCUUCAAAACGAAAAUCCCGGCUGCCUGCAUAUGUGUAAUCAAAGGUUAAAAAGCACCACGGCUGACACCACGCAUGUGUUAAUCUGUGCUGCAGCAGAGUGCAUCAUUUCCACUUUGACCUCGGAGUUAAUCUGCAUUCAGGCAGAAGCUCCAUUGCUUUAUUCUUUCAUUUCUUUUUUUUUCCUCUCAUUUACUCUUUCCAUUGCUGUUUCAGAUUUUUUUUUUUUUUUUUUUUGCAUGUAUGUGAGUAGUUCUGUAGAUAUGUGCAUGUGUAUGUGUUUGUCCUUCCUUUGACUGUUUUUAUUCUGUGAGUGCCUAUGUGUGUGUGUGUUUUUUCUGUUCUUUUCUCCCGAUUAUAUUAUUCCCCUGGAUCGAGAAGCUGCUGCCUGCUGCCUGAGCUGACGUUUUUUGAUUAUAUCUGCAAAGGGCUUGUGCAGAUCUAAUUUCUGCCCCCCUGCAUAUUAAUUCCCGCAGCUGGGAGCAAUGUAUCAUCCCACUGACGGGACCUGGUAGGGAGGGGGGAGAACCACUACCAAAAAAAAAAAAAAAAAAAUUAAAGCAGGGGACGGAUCCAUCUGCAACCAAGAGGAAAGGGGAAAAAACAGGGUUGGGGGGGAGAGAGAAAGAGAUGAUUCCUUCAAAUCCAACAAGCCUGGGGAGCACUGCACUCUUGAAUCCUGCAUUUUCUCUCAAAAUGAUGGUGUGGGCACUUGUGUUCAUCUCUCUCAUCCAGUGUUCCACACAAAAGGGAGAUGAUGAUUAUGAAGAUUACACUUCAAAUAAGACCUGGGUUCUGACUCCCAAAGUUCAUGAGAGUGAUGUCACUCUUAUUUUAAAUGGCUUGCUGGAAGGAUAUGACAACAAAUUAAGACCUGAUAUAGGAGUUAAACCAACAGUAAUUCACACUGACAUGUAUGUGAACAGCAUUGGGCCAGUGAAUGCUAUCAAUAUGGAAUAUACAAUUGAUAUAUUUUUCGCCCAAACGUGGUAUGACAGACGUCUGAAGUUCAACAGCACUAUAAAAGUGCUCAGAUUAAACAGCAACAUGGUUGGGAAGAUCUGGAUACCUGAUACAUUUUUCCGAAAUUCCAAGAAAGCUGAUGCUCAUUGGAUAACAACUCCUAAUAGGAUGCUCAGGAUCUGGAAUGAUGGCAGAGUGUUAUACACACUGAGACUGACGAUUGAUGCUGAAUGUCAGCUACAGUUACACAACUUCCCAAUGGAUGCCCAUUCCUGCCCCCUGGAAUUUUCAAGCUAUGGUUACCCAAGGGAAGAGAUCAUUUACCAAUGGAAGCGCAGCUCAGUGGAGGUGGGAGAUACCAGGUCCUGGAGGCUCUACCAGUUCUCCUUUACGGGACUAAGAAAUACAACUGAGGUGGUGAAGACAACAUCAGGAGACUAUGUAGUCAUGUCUGUUUACUUUAACCUGAGCAGGAGAAUGGGUUAUUUCACUAUUCAGACCUACAUUCCCUGCACACUUAUUGUUGUGUUGUCCUGGGUCUCCUUCUGGAUUAACAAGGAUGCAGUUCCAGCCAGAACAUCACUGGGUAUUACAACUGUCCUGACAAUGACCACCCUAAGUACGAUUGCUCGUAAAUCUCUUCCAAAAGUCUCUUACGUGACAGCAAUGGAUCUUUUUGUGUCAGUUUGCUUUAUUUUUGUUUUCUCUGCACUGGUGGAAUACGGAACUUUGCACUACUUUGUCAGCAACAGAAAGCCAAGCAAGGAUAAAGACAAAAAGAAGAAAAAUCCACUUCUUCGGAUGUUUUCCUUCAAGGCACCCACAAUUGACAUCCGACCUCGAUCAGCUACUAUUCAAAUGAACAAUGCUACACACCUCCAAGAAAGGGACGAAGAAUACGGGUAUGAGUGUCUUGAUGGCAAGGACUGUGCUAGUUUUUUUUGCUGCUUUGAGGAUUGUCGAACAGGAGCAUGGAGGCAUGGAAGAAUACAUAUCCGCAUUGCCAAAAUGGACUCCUAUGCCCGCAUCUUCUUCCCUACUGCCUUCUGUUUGUUUAACUUGGUGUAUUGGGUAUCAUAUCUUUACCUUUAAAAGCAGGAGAUCAGUGAUACAAGCCUUACUCACUGAAUUUCUUAGAGAGAUGGUUCCCAAAGUCCACUUGAAGUAUUGAGGACGCGCUUUAUAGUGGUAUGAAUUCUUUAGUGCCAUAACCCAGUAAAUACCAAUUAUAUCAUUUAUCCAAAAAUUGCCAUCAGGUUAUUGAGAAUUAAUUGUCCAUUCAACAUAUUAAAAUAUCUCAAAAAUAUCAUAAACAGGUAAUACUCAGCUAUACCUGAUGGAAUAAGGAGAAUCAGGGCAGACAGGGCAAGGGGAGCAUGGCAACAUCACUCACUAGUAGGCGCUGCCAUUUAAAACAGGAGUGACAGAGAGCAGAAUUCCCAGGUAAAGUACUGUACAGUUUGUUAACAUUGGCUAUAAUUAUGUUAUAGCUUUAUUCUUUGUGGGCUUUUCUUUUUGGAAGAGUCAUCUCUCACUUUGAAUAUGUAUUAAUAAGCUAGGAAAAUAACUUUUACUCCCAUCCAGAUAAAAAUAGACCUUUCCCUUUGCCAUCCCUUUAAGAGCACAUGUACAAUUGCUGUAAAUAUUUCAAUACCUUGUAGUACAUAAAGUCUAGUGCAUGCAUCUUUUGGGGGCCAAAAUAAAUGAAACAAAGGUACCAUAAAGUAUUGUCUUUUAUUUUGUGUCUCUGGCUGUGCUAUUGUAAUUGAAAUGUGAAUAAAAAUCAUAUUUUUUUCCUUGGAAAAUGUCCCCUUUCCCUCAUGCAUGGAAGAUCCAAGCAGACAGCACUUUCAUGUAAGACAUUAGAGAAGCCUUAAGGAUUCAAAUAAAUAACAUGUAGACAAAUCUGUAUGGCCAAUAUAAUAGCUCAUAAAGUAUACUGUACAUGUCUGCUGCAGUUGUAGCCUUCAUUUUCCAUCGAUAAUGUUGCUAUAUUUCAAAUGAAUUUCCAGUAAUUAUACAUUGCAAGAUCAGCUUCUGAAUUUAAUCCACGUGUUUACAUUGUUCUUCUCCCAUGCUGAACUAUUAUAUUCACACAAGGCUUUUUUUUCUUUUCUUUUCCCUGUCCUUUAGUCCAGUCCAAGAAAUAGGUUUUAUUCUAGAUAUUAUUUUUACAUAAGAACUUCUUUCUGAAAUAUUUGUAUUGUGUAUACGCAUACAGUUCUCUGCCCAUUCAUGUCCUUGAUCAGCAAUAGUUGUUGCCAGUGCUGCUUUUCACUCCGUGAGUACCUUUACUAAAGAAACCCUUAAACCAUAGCUAGCACACAGAUAUAUAUCCUUGAAAACAAAAGGGAACAAAGAGUGUCUUGGCUACUAAAUCAUAUGUACGCAGUUUAUGUGUAUUCAGAACCUUCAGCCCUCCUGGGUGAAUCUUGAAACCCACAUACUCACUAGUUUUCAGCACCUAAUGAUGCUCAAUUAUGCAACCUUAAGCACAUGUACAUAUGACUGACUUUUUUUUUUUUUUUUACUGUCAAAGAUGUAAAAUGUCAACUCCUGAGAAGUGGGUUUGCAGACUGAAAUGGGAGAUAUUUAAUUAUCAUUACAGAAUUACUAAUAGCUGAAAUGGAGGAAAAUGAAAGUUUUCCAAUGUUUGUAUAGUUUUGGAAAUAAAAAAAAUGUAUAAAAAAGGAAUAACUCAAUCAUCAAUUGCUUCUUGUCCAAUGUAUUUGAAAAUCUUUUAAUAAAGGAAUUGCACACACCUGUGGACUUUUUCCAAUAAAACUGCUGCACUCA